AUGGCGCCAUCUCGCCACUCUCACCUCUUCUUGGUCACCAUCCUCCUGCUCAGCCUCGGCCUGCCACGCUCUUCGCCGGCGUACAUGGCCGUCUCCCCUUCCCCUUCUCGGCCUCCACGUCCCUUGACGCCACAGGGAUUUCCACGGGCUUUGCCCUUCUCCUAUGCUGUCGACUCUCCUUCCCCUGCUCCGGCGCCGCGAGGCUCACCGCGGUUCUCUGAUCCACCGCCACGUUUCCCAACGCCAAGAGGGCUGCCACGGCCUUCGGUGUCCUCUGAUGCCUUCUCCCCACCCCCGUCGUCUCCGCCCUCGCGUUUCCCGUCGACGCCGCCGCCGCCGCAGCGACGCUUGCCUCGGCUGACGCCGUCGUCGGCGCUGCCCGUGAACCCGUUCACGGCCAAGGCGGCCUUCAUCCGGUACUGGAACCGGAAGGUGCACAGCAACCGCCUCCACCCGGCCUUCUUCUUCGCCAAGCUGUCCCCGCUCUCCGCGCCCGACGCUGCCGCCUUCUCCUCCCUCGCCGCCGCGGGCCAGCUCGGCUCGCGCCUCCCCGCGUUCUGCGUCGCGGCCUCCAUCCUCUGCCCCGCCACCUCCGACGCCAUCUGGUCUGGACCGUCAUCCGUGGCCGCCGUCACGUCCGGCUCAUCGCCAGCCUCCAACUCGACCACUGCGCCGUUCAAGAACUACGACAACGGCAACUUCAGCAGCUACGGCAACAGCGGCGGCGGCGGCGCCGACGCCUUCGCCGUCUACUCCAGAGGCCAGAUCAACCCGGUGGACUCCUUCCACCGGUACGGCAAGGGCUCGCUCGGCCGCAACGACUCGUUCGCCACAUACGAGGCGCUAGGCAACGUCGGCACCGCGAGCUUCAACUCCUACACCUCCGGCGCCACGGGCGGCUCAGGCGAGUUCGCCGCCUACGACGGCGAGACCAACACGGCCGCCGUCACCUUCACAACCUACGACGCCGCCGGCAACGGCCGUUCCCGCGAGUUCACGGCGUACACGCAGGACGCUAACUCCGGCGUGGAGAGCUUCACGGGCUACGGCAAGGCGGCGAACGGCGCCGGCGAGUCCUUCAAGGCGUACGGCAACCACUCCAACUCGAUCAUGUCCGGCUUCAUCAACUACGGCGACAAGGCCAACAGCGCCACGGACAAGUUCGAGUCCUACGGCGUCAACGGGAACGCGCCCCAGAACACGUUCCGGAGCUACUCCCCCGGCAGCAACGGCGGCGCCGACGAUUUCAAGGGGUACAGGGACAACGCCAACGUGGGCGACGACAGCUUCACGUCGUACGCGAACGACGCCAACGGCGCCACCGCCGACUUCGAGAGCUACGGCAAGUCGGUGAACCCGGGGAGCGUGGCGUUCAAGGGGUACGGGCAGGGCUCCAACCCCAACCACCGGAUCGGGUUCACGCACUACACCGGCGACAACACCACGUUCAAGGCCUACUCCAACGACGGUGUCGAGUUCAAGGAGUACCAGAACAUGUCCAAGAUGGAGGUGUCCAAGGUGAUGGCGGACCUGUCGUCGGGGCAUCGUCGGCAGCAGCCGAAGUGGUCGCCGGAGCCGGGCAAGUUCUUCCGGGAGCGGGACCUCAUAACCGGCAACCGGAUGCCGAUGCCGGACAUCAGCGACAAGAUGCCGCCACGGGCGUUCCUGCCGAGGGACAUCGCCGCGAAGAUACCGUUCGAGGCGGGCGCCGUGUCGGAGUUGUUCGGGGCGCCGCCCGGCACGGCGAUGAGGCAGGUGGUGGCGUCCACGGUGGACGAGUGCGCGCGACCGCCCAGCCGGGGCGAGACCAAGCGGUGCGCGACGUCGGCCGAGGACGUCCUCGACUUCGCCGUGGAGAUGCUGGGCGACCACAUCGCGGUGCGCAGCACGGAGUCCGCGGCGGGCAGCGGCGGGGACAUCAGGCUCGGGAAGAUCGCCGGCGUCGACGGCGGCAGCGUGACGUCGUCCGUGUCGUGCCACCAGAGCCUGUUCCCGUACCUGGUGUACUACUGCCACUCGGUGCCGAGCGUCAGGCUGUACGAGGCUGAGAUCCUGGCCGUCGAUUCCGACCAGAAGAUCAACCGUGGGGUGGCGAUCUGCCAUCUCGACACGUCGGAAUGGAGCCCUAACCAUGGGGCGUUCCUCGCGCUUGGUGGGAAACCGGGUGAGAUGGAGGUGUGCCAUUGGAUCUUCCAGGGUGACAUGACUUGGACGGUGGCUGAUUGAUCUGAUGACGGCAUUCCUAUAUGAACGAAUCAUCUAUAUUUACUCUGUUCAAGUUAAAAGUUUUUUUUUUUGGCACAUGUGGAUAGUUUUAUCUCAUACCGUUGGUCAAAUUUCAUUGUUUAUGCAAAGAGAAGGUAAAGAAUAGGUGUA